AUGUAUUUGGAAGAAGGUGUUUAUAGGGACCAGGGACAAAAUGGAAUGGAUUCAUUCAAGGCUUUGGAGUGGUGGAAUGUUCAUAAAUUGAAGUACCGUGUUUUAUCAAAGAUGGCUAUGGAUGUGCUUGCAAUCCCGAUUUCUACCGUUGCAUCUGAGGCAACAUUUAGUGUUGGGGGUAGAACAUCGUUAUGGAAUCAAGAAAAAAUUGAAGGUUCUUUUUACAGAAGGAGGAAAUGCCCAUUGAGGUUUCAUUACCUACAGGGACAAGUAAUACUUAAAGAUUUUGCUGGAUUGAAUUUGCUUUAAGGAAGAUUGGCUUUUGAGUUUUGAUAAUAUGUUAUGUUAAAAUUUAAUCGUUUUUAUAGUAUUUUUGUAAUUUGAACUUCCAUAAUAGGAAGACUUUCUUUUGGAUGAUUUAAUUAGAUUUUAGGUUUUUUUGUUGGAGUUUAAAACUUAUGUAAUUUGAAGAUUUUAUUUAUGCAUCGUGGUUGGAAUUUAAGUAGUC